UGGCAGGUGGCCGCCAUGGAGGAGAUGGUGAUCUGGGAGCAGCACACCGUGACGCUGAGCAAGGACCCUCAACGGGGCUUCGGUUUUGCCGUUUCGGGAGGCCGGGACCGUCCCAACAAGGUGACCGGGGACACCGCGGUGGUUGUUUCAGAUGUGGUUGCUGGGGGACCAGCGUUCGGCCAGCUCCAGAGGAAGGAUCAGAUUGUGAUGGUCAACGGCCUUUCCAUGGAAAACGCCUCGUCCUCCUUCGCCAUCCAGACGCUUAAAACCUGCGGCAAGAUCGCCAACAUUACGCUGAAAAGACAGAAGAAAAUUCACCUUCCCGUGAGCAAGAGUGGCCCUGGGUCCCCUGCUGUGCACCGGCGCUACGACUCGGAUGAGGACUACGGGUCGCGUGGUGCGGAUCUGGCCCUGCGCAGCACCCGCCGGCACCGCUCCCGCGAUGACCUGGACCACAGCCAGGGCUAUGACGGGGACUCGUCCAGUGAGAGGAGCUCCGGUCACCACCGGGACGACCGCCGCCAGCACAAGUCGGUGUCCCGCAGCCGGCGACGAAGCCAGGACAGCAGCCACUGGAGGCAGAGCCCCGACAGCGGCUCGGAUCGUAGGGGCUACAGCCGGCGCCGCUCCGCCAAUGGCUUCGGCCACGAAGGGGACACCAACGGGCUGGCCCUGGUGUCGGGGUUCAAGCGGCUGCCGCACCAGGAUGUGCUGAUGAAGCCCAUCACAUCGGUCCUGGUGAAGAAGAAGGAGAAUGAAGAGUACGGCCUGAAGCUGGGAAGUCAGCUCUUCAUCAAGCACAUCGUGGAGAGCGGGCUGGCGGCGAAGGGCAGCUCCUUGCAGGAGGGAGACCUGAUCCUGAAGAUCAAUGGGGUGGCUAGUGAGGAUAUGUCCCUGGCCGACACGCAGCAGCUCAUUGAGCGGACGGAGGGGACCCUGACCCUGCUCAUCCUCCGGGACCACCGGCAGUUCCUGGUCAACAUCCCUGACAUGGAAGACAUCCAGAGUGACAGCUCCCGGAUGGACGAUAUCUCUGACAUUGAGUCUGACCUGUCCCAUCCACCAUCCCCCCAGACCUCCCCACGACUUCCAGCUGCUGCCAGGAUGAAUUCACCACCAGAGAGGAGACGAGCGAGCAAGAACGCCGCAACUGACACGAACACACACGAUGCUCUGGGCCAUGAUGUGCUGGAAACUGUGGAGGGGGACGGCCGCCACAGCCCCCGCACCAGCCCUGCUGCCCAAGCCGCCUGCAAGGACGGGUAUAGCCCCGACUCCAGGGUCGUGCAGUUUGUGAAGGCCAAGAGCGUGGGGCUGCGGCUGGCUGGCGGCAACGACGUGGGCAUCUUCGUGUCGGGCGUGCAGGAGGGGAGCCCGGCCGACAGCCAGGGCAUCCAGGAAGGGGACCAGAUCCUGCAGGUGAACGACACCAGUUUCCAGAACCUGACCCGCGAGGAGGCCGUGCAGUAUCUCUUGAACCUGCCGCCGGGUGAGGAAAUCACGCUGCGGAUCCAGAGCAAGCAGGACAUUUACAGAAAGAUGAUUUCGUCCAACGUGGGUGACUCGUUCUACAUCCGGACGCAUUUUGACUAUGAGAAGGACACGCCGUCAGGGCUCAGCUUUGCCCGUGGGGACAUCUUCCACGUGCUGGACACCAUGUACCGGGGCAAGCUGGGGAGCUGGCUGGCCGUGCGCAUGGGCAGGGACCUGCAGGAGCAGGACAAGGGCAUCAUCCCCAACCAGAGCAGGGCCGAGCAGAUCGCCAGCCUGGAGUCAGUGCUGAAAGCCUCGUCUGGCACCAACCCCUCGGGGGCACGGGCCGAGUUCUGGAAGCUACGAGGCCUGCGGGGAGCCAAGAAAAUGCUGCGGAAGAGCCGGGAGGAUCUGUCUGCCCUCACGAAGCAGGGCCACUACCCCCCGUACGAGAAGGUGGUUCUGAAGGAAGCCAGCUUCAAGCGGCCGGUGGUGAUCCUGGGCCCCAUCGCGGACAUUGCCAUGCAGAAGCUGAGCACGGAGCUGCCUGCGCUGUUUGAGAUUGCCCCAAGCGUGCCCCGAGACGGGACAUCAUCCAAGGUCAUCAAGUUGGACUCGGUGCGGCAAAUCGCAGAAAAGGACAAGCAUGCUCUGCUGGACAUCACACCCUUGGCUGUGGAGCGCCUCAACUACGUGCAGUACUACCCCGUGGUGGUGUUUUGUGAGCCUGAGAGUCGGCAGGGCAUCAAGGCCAUGCGCCAGUGGCUGGCGCCCGAAUCCAGGAAGAGCUCCCGACGCCUCUAUGCCCAGGCCACCAAGAUGAAGAAGUACUGCAGCCACCUCUUCACUGCCACCAUCAGCCUCAGCGGCAGCGGCAAUGCCUGGUACGAGCAGAUCAAGGACAUCAUCAGGACGCAGCAGAGCCAGCCUGUUUGGACGGCAGCAGAGCAGGUGGACGUGGCUCUGGAGGACAGCCUGGACCUGCUGAACCCAUCAAGCAGGGCGGCCUCGGGCUACCUGACCUGUGACAGUCACGCCAACAGCGACUACGAUGACACGGAUGGCGAGGCGGGUGCCUACACCGACGGCGAGGCAGAGGACGCCUACGAUCAGCCCGCGCUGGCCCGCUCCUCUGAGCCGGCACAGACGUACCCGAGCCAUGGCCUGAGCGAGCAGGUGACAGAGCAGCACCCGCAGGGACAGUGGACGCAGCACAGCAGCAUCAGGGAAUAUGAGCAUGACGCUGUGAGGAAGAGAUUCACACGAGCCAGAGAUGACUCUGACCAGGACGAAGGCUACGAGUGGGGCCCCGCUACGGACGUGUAGUGGGGCAGGCU